UCUGUAGAAGAAGGUUCUGCUGCUCUACCCAACUGAGUUGAAUAAUGAAACCAUCUUUUCCAAGGAGUAAGAAUACUUGAAACUACUUUACUAUUAUUGACUAGAGGAAUCGACUCCAAAGUCUUCCAAAUCCCACUCCACAUGAUGUAAUAUGAUUAUUAUUAUUCAUCUUCAUUUGUAUUAUUGAAUUGUUACGUCGUCGUUGAAAAGAUGGGUCGAGUGAUUCGAGGUCAACGCAAAGGAGCUGGUAGUGUAUUUCGUGCUCACGUAGCGAAACGAAAAGGUGCAGCUCGAUUCAGAGCUCUCGAUUAUGCCGAACGACACGGAUAUAUUCGAGGCGUCGUAAGGGAAAUCAUACACGACCCUGGAAGAGGAGCUCCUUUGGCUCGAGUUGAAUUUCGUGAUCCAUAUAGAUAUAAAAGAAGAGUUGAGACUUUUAUUGCAGCAGAAGGUUUAUAUUCAGGCCAAUCUGUUUAUUGUGGAAAAAAAGCCCAAUUGACCAUAGGUAAUGUUAUUCCUCUUGGUUCCCUACCAGAAGGAACUGUAGUAUGCAAUGUCGAAGGUAAAGUUGGUGAUAGAGGCAAAUUGGGUCGUUGUUCGGGUGAUUAUGUAACAGUCAUCAAUCAAUUGGAAGGAAAUAAAACUCGCAUUCGAUUACCUUCGGGAGCUAGAAAGAUUGUUCCUUCCAAUUGUCGUGCCAUGAUAGGAAUGAUAGCUGGAGGUGGUCGAACUGAUAAACCCAUCUUGAAAGCUGGAAGAGCUUAUCACAAAUACAAAGCUAAGAAGAAUUGUUGGCCUCGUGUACGGGGAGUUGCAAUGAAUCCAGUAGAUCAUCCUCACGGUGGUGGUAAUCAUCAACAUAUUGGACAUCCUUCCACUGUAAGAAGAGAUGCUCCACCUGGACAAAAAGUGGGUUUAAUUGCAGCAAGAAGAACAGGUCGAUUGAGAGGAGGAAAGGCAAUGGCAGCUGCUGCAGCCAAAGCUGCUUCUGGAGGUGCCUAAACAUGUUGAUCAAUAAAAUAUAUAUAUCCAACGGAAUGCCAUUGGUUUAUGUCAAAUAUUCCAAUUGAGACUCCAUCAAAAGUGAUCGUUGGCUAGUUAUCAAAGUCAAUUUGUACAAGGCUUCCAUUACUUCAACUAGUUUCUCUCUAUAAUGACUGGGUUUCAUUCUACCAUCAUUGGAAAACUCUCGAAAGGCUUCAGGCACAAUCAAAUAACAAGGGGCAAUUAUCAUGUUCAAUGAAAGUGCAAUAGUAAACAUAUGAUGAAUUGCUGCACCAGAUAGUUGGCCUCCUUGUACUUGACAAAAUGCAACUGUUCUUCCAUUUGGAGGAAAUGUAUACCAAUCCAAUUGAUUCUUCAAUACACUGCUUAUACUUCCGUGAUGUACAGGUGAACACCAUAUUUGACCUUGUGACCAAUUGUAAAGUUGAAUAAAUUCUUGUACUUUUGGAUGAGUCUCAUAUUGAGGAUCCUGUAUAGGUAAAGACUCUGGGUGAUAGAUACGAAUAUCAGCACCCAACUGAUUGAGUAUUCGAGCUGCUUCAUAAGCUAGGGCUUUGGAUAAUGAACCUUGUCUUAAGGAA